AUGCGCUUCACGCGAUGCAAAGCCAUUGGCAUCAGCUCCCACAUAAGCAGCGAUGUCGAAGAGGGGUAUCAGGAAUCCAAGUUCCCUACUGAUCUUUACGAACACUUGGAGGGCCGUAAUUACUGUCGAAAACCGGAUAAGAAGAGCUACUUUUUGCCAUGCGACGAUGAGGAAAUCGACCGGUUGCAGAUCAACCACUUAAUGUUCAAGUCCCUCUUUGGCAGAAACUUCUUUGCACCUAUCGAAGAUGAAUUAAACAAUGGGAUUAGAGUCCUGAAUGUCAAAAGCGGUCCAGGUUUUUGGAUGAAGGAAAUGGCAAAAUCAUACCCAAAUUCACACUUUACGGGCACUGAUAUCAUUGUAUAUCCCAUCAGUCAUCCACCUCGUAAUUGCCAUUUUCACAUCGCCAAUGCUGCUCGACGCCUUCCAUUUGCCGACAAUACCUUUGACUUUGUAGUCCAGCAUGAUGCAAUCUUUCUUUACACACACAAGGAAUGGAAAACCGUGAUUGAUGAGCUAGUCAGGGUCACCAAACCUGGGGGAUGGAUUCAACUAGUGGAAUCGAGCGGUGUCCUUCAAGAUAUCGGUCCAAGUCUUUCCAUAUGGCUCAUGCGUAUUACCGUUUCUCUACAGACACGUGAUAUCCUUUGGAAAAUGGGGCACAAAUUACAUGAAGCACUUGAAUCGCAUCAAGAUAUCAGCGAGGUCGAUUAUUCGCAUCGCUCUAUCCCUCUUGCAUGGCUAGGAAAACUUGGCGAUAUUGGAUGGGAGUGCAUGGAGAGAUUACUUGAUUCAUUGAAACCUCGAUUAUGCGAAGAUUGGUCCAUGACACAUGCCAAGUAUGACAAGGUCGUUCAAGCGGCAGCCAAGGAAUGUCACGAGUUUGGUACAUGGACAAACAUACAUUAUGUGAUUGGCAGGAAACGUUGUAGUAGCACUUUAUGA